UUUCUUCAAUUUUGAUCAUUACGAAAUAUUUGAACUCAAAUUUCUAAGCUACAAUUGUUGAAUAAUUGAAGAAAUAAUCGAUGUGGAAGAGUGGAGAGAAAAAAAAAAGCAUGAAAGAUCAAAUUUGUGCGAGUUGAUAACAUUUUGAAGGGGAAAAAAGGAAGCUAGAAAGAAUGAAUGUGGGAACAGACUCGCCAUACCAUGAGGCCUCCGCCUUUGCCAAAGUCGAGCCUUUAAUCAUCGCCGGCUAAGCAUGCAAAGUUGAUUAAUAGGGACCGAAGAAGGAUAAAGAACAAGGUUGAUUGCAAAACAAGAAGCAAACAACAGACAGAUUCCAGGGGCUUAUCCAAUCUAGAAAUGCAAUGCUCUCAGAAGUACUUGAUUGGCUAUUUAGAAUGCACAUCUUUCAAACUAUGUAAGGGCUUUUCCACCUUACUCCAAUCUAUGGACUCUUUAGCUUACUCUGAUAUUCUGCAAUCUUCCACUGAUACUCAUUCUCUCCCUCUUGGGAAAUCCGUUCAUGCCCAUAUGAUACGAAAUCAUUUCAAGCAAAAUCUUUUUCUCCAAAACAAUCUUCUUAACUUGUACUGCAAGUGUGGGGACAUGAACCAUGCCCAUAAGCUAUUUGAUGUAAUUCCCAACAAAGAUAUUGUGUCAUGGAAUGUGCUUGUAUCUGGAUAUUUCCAAUCAGGUUUUAGUGAUGAAGCCAUACGUGUGUUCAAAGUUGCUAGAAACGCACAAAUCAAGCUAGACCGCUUCGCUUAUGCAGGUGCAGUAAGCAUCUGUUCUCGCACUGGGAACUUGAGUUUUGGGAAGGCGGUGCAUGGCCUUAUUGUUGUUAGUGGGUUCACAAAGCAUGCUUUUCUUACAAAUUCACUUUUGGACAUGUACUCAAAGUGUGGUCGGAUUGAUGAAGUGAGGCGUGUCUUUGAUAAUUCAGAUCAUUUAGAUGAUGUGUCAUGGAAUUCAUUGGUUUCGGCACAUGUUAGAAUUGGUUUGGUCUUUGAAACUCUAAGGAUUUUUGCUCAAAUGCAUUUGUUGGGGUGCAAAAUCAAUUGUUUUUCAGUUGGAAGCGUUCUCAAGUGCUGCUCAUACUCAGCUGAGUUGCUGCAGUUUGGUAGAAUGGUGCAUAGCUCUGUUAUUAAGGUUGGAUUGGAUUAUGAUGUUUUUGUGGGAAGUUCUAUGAUUGACAUGUAUUCUAAGAAUGGUAUCUUGGAGGAAGCAAUCAAUGUCUUUAAGGGAAUGGCUGAUCCUAAUGUUGUUGUAUUCAAUGCCAUGAUAUCUGGAUUUUGUCAGUUGAAGAUGGAAUCACAUAAUGAGCUUGCAGGUGAAUCUUUUACCUUAUACUCUGAGAUGCGAAGGAAAGGAAUGAUGCCAUCCAAGUUUACUUUCUCCAGCGUGUUGAGAGCUUGUAACUUAACUGAUUCCUUUGAGCUUGGGAAGCAAAUCCAUGCUCAAGUUUAUAAAUGCAAACUCCAAUUUGAUGAAUUCAUAGGAAGUGCACUGAUAGACUUGUAUUCUAAGUCAAGCUCUAUUGAAGAUGGACUUAGUUGCUUCCAUUCUAUACCUAAACAAGAUAUUGUUACUUGGACAUCAAUGAUUUCAGGUUAUGUUCAGAAUGAGCACUUUGAAAGGGCACUCAGCUUGUUUGAUGAUCUAUUGACAAUUGGAAGAAAGCCAGAUGAGUUCACUCUAUCAAGUGUUAUGAGUGCUUGUGCAAACUUGGCUAUAUCAAAGUCAGGUGAACAGAUUCAAAAUUAUGUGACCAAAACUGGAUUUGACCGAUAUAUCAUUUGUGGCAAUGCACAAAUCUUCAUGUAUGCAAGAUCUGGUGAUACUGAAGCUGCCAGUCAAACUUUUUACGAGAUGGUUAAUCAUGAUGUGGUGUCAUGGUCUGCAAUGAUCUCCAGCCAUGCACUGUAUGGUUGUGCUAAAGAUGCUCUUGCCCUUUUUGGCGAUAUGAAAUGCUGUGGAGUUGCCCCUAAUCACAUCACUUUUCUUGGUGUUCUUACUGCCUGCAGCCAUGGAGGCUUAGUGGAUGAAGGAUUUAGGUACUUUGAAAGCAUGAAGAGGGACUAUGGAAUGGUACCUAAUAUGAAGCAUUGUGCUUGCAUUGUUGAUCUCUUUGGUCGAUCUGGGAGGCUUGAUAAGGCUGAGAAAUUCAUAAUGGAUUCUGGCUUUCAAGAUGAUCCCAUUGUGUGGCGAUCAUUGUUGAGCUCCUGUCGAAUUCAUCAUGACAUUGAAAGAGGCAGACAAGUGGCAGAGAGGUUAAUGCAGCUUGAUCCCAAUGCUUCUGCUACCUAUGUCAUUCUCUACAAUAUGUACUUGGAUUCUGGUAGACGAUCUAUGGCUUUAAGAACAAGAGAGCUAAUGAAAGAAAGAGGGGUGAAAAAGGAACCUGGACUUAGUUGGAUUGAGAUGGGAGGAUCAAUUCAUUCUUUUGUAGCAGGUGACAAGAUCCAUCCCCGAAGACAGGAAAUAUAUGCAUGGCUGGAGGAGAUGAUUUCAAGGAUAGAGAGGCUGGGUUAUGUCAGAAAUGCAACUUCAGAGUCAGAUGAUUUAGGCUUAGAGAAGAAGGUGAAUUUGUUAAACUGUCAUAGUGAGAAGUUGGCAGUGACACUUGGAAUAUUAUCAUUGCCAAAAGCAGCUCCCAUCAGGGUGAUGAAAAACUUGAGGGUGUGUGUGGAUUGCCACACAACAAUGAAGUUAUUCUCGGCAGUUGAAGGAAGAGAGAUUGUGUUAAGGGACCCAAUUCGAUUUCAUCGGUUUAGAGAUGGUUCAUGCUCUUGUGGUGACUAUUGGUAGCUGGAUAAUAACAUGAGUGAUACAUUACACCCCACCCCAAGUUGUUCUGCCUUGAGUGCCACCAAGAGGGAGUAGUAGGUUGGGGUGUCAAAAAUUGACACGACCCGAAAUCCGACCCCAAAAAUAUCAGGAUUCGGGUCAAGCCGUUUUUGAAAAGGGUCGGGUUCUGAUUUCUGACCCGUUUGAAAAACGGGUCUGGUUCGGGUUAACCCAACAACCCGCGGGUCGACCCGAACCCGAUCCGUUGACCCGAAUUGACACCCCUAACUGGUAGGAGUGGGAAACUGGCCGUUGCAAGCUUAUUGUGAACGUAUGUUUAUCCUGAUCCUUCAACUUUUAAAAUGAAGGGUUUAGUCUGCAACCGAGUUGUUAACAUAGAGAUUACUGAAGUCUUUGAACAGAAUUAGCAUUCAAAACUUGUUGGAAAUUUGAUUGGAACCAUACAAUAUCAGUAUCGCAAUCUGACAACCAUCAGUAACAGAGCAUAACUUGUUUUGAGAUGGUAUUAGAGAUGUUUCUAAAACAAAUUUACUUGACAAGGGAACAAAAUAAAAAGGUAAUGAAUGUUUAUGAAAUAUUUUCCUCUUCCUAUUUUUACAAAAUCAUUCUUAUGGAGGUUGCUGCAAUGAGCAGUAAGAAGUGAUUGUUUCAUCUUACACUCUUGCAUGUAACCAGGCUUUACCCAGUAAAAAGAGUACGAUACUGUGGAAUUCAUUCAUAAAUAAUACAGGCUCUCAUUCUUUUUUA